AUGGAACUAACUGCAGCCACCUCCGCAGUCCGUCAAGAUGACCUCUUGAAGAGAGAGCUCACAGUGAACAUUGAUCAGACUGUAUUCUGGACAGAUAGCCAGACAGUUCUGAAAUACAUCAUGAAUGAGACCACCAGAUUCCCAGUUUUUGUAGCGAAUCGCAUCGCCGUGAUCAGAGAUGGGUCCGAUAUCAGCCAGUGGAGAUAUGUCCCCACUAAAUUGAACCCUGCUGACCAUGCUUCGCGGGGCCUCAGUGCAGAAGAACUGAUCAACAAACCGGAGUGGCUGGGAGGCCCAAACUUCCUCAGCCAACCAGAAGAAAGCUGGCCCGGUGCCGAACAAAUUCAGAUGGAAGAUGACGAGGAAAAUGACAACUGCGAAGUGGCUGAUGGUGCUUCCCAAGUGAACAUAAAUUUAGUGAUGACAUCCAACGAGACCAGUGCCAUAGACCAGCUGAUCCAUCACUACUCAGACUGGACGAAGCUAAAAAGGGCGAUAGCAUGGUGGUUACGCCUAAAGACCAUGUUGCAGCACAGGAAGACCAACUGUAACAAGAAACCCCUGCAGAAUAAGCCUCUAACAGUUGAAGAAAUGCAGUGUGCCGAAAAGGCCAUCUUGAAGUAUGUUCAAGGAUGUGCUUUUCCCAGAGAAGUUGAGGCUCUCAAAAAUGUGAAAACAAGCGACCAAAAUCCAGACAACCCUUUGGCUGCUGGAAAAGAAGCUACCCCAAUAGAACACCAGAGAAAGCCGAUCAAUAAAGGAAGUCCAUUGAUUAGCUUAGACCCAGAGCUGCGUGAUGGACUCUUAACAGUUGGUGGCAGGCUUCGGCAUGCAUCAAUCCCCGAAGCUGCCAAACACCAGCUGAUUCUGCCAAAGGACCACCACAUUUCCACUCUGGUGAUCAGACACCUCCACCAGAGAAGCGGACACCAAGGGAGAAAUCACAUCCUAGCGGAACUCAGACAAAGGUACUGGAUACUCAAAGCUGGUGUAGCAGUCAGGAGCGUAAUACACCAAUGUGUUAUAUGCCGAAAGUACCAAGCUGGACCCGGUAAACAGAAGAUGGCUGAUUUGCCAGCUUACCGUGUACGGCCUGAUGCCCCACCAUUCACAUAUACUGGAGUGGACUAUUUCGGCCCAUUCGAUAUCAAGUAUGGGCGAGUUAUCAGAAAGAGAUAUGGUGUAGUAUUCACCUGCCUUACUAGCCGUGCCAUUCACAUUGAGGUGGCCGAUUCCCUCGACACCAGCUCAUGCAUCAGUGCACUCAGACGAUUCAUGGCUAGGCGUGGCAAAGUGAAAGAAAUCCACUCAGACAAUGGAUCCAACUUUGUUGGAGCCGACAAAGAGCUCCAGCGAGCAAUGCAGGAGUGGAACCAUGGCGAAAUCAACAAUUUUGCCUUGCAGCAUGACAUCAAGUGGCAGUUCAACACACCAGCAGCCUCUCAUCAUGGAGGUGUGUGGGAGAGGCAAAUCAGAACAAUACGUAAAAUUCUCCACGCCAUAUUGAGUGAGCAGUACAUGAAGACGUGCCAAAGUGAGGAACAGUUGCGCACCUUCAUGUGUGAGGUCGAGGCUGUAAUUAACAGCCGACCCCUGACACGAGCAUCGGAUGACCCUCAUGACCUGAGUGUCAUCACGCCGAACAGUCUGAUACUUCUGAAACCUGAUUCAACACUGCCACCUGGAGUCUUCUCCCAGGAGGACCAGUACUCACGAAGGAGAUGGCGUCAGAUGCAGUACAUGGCGGAUGUCUUCUGGAAGAGGUGGACUAGAGAGUACCUACCUACCCUACAGCAACGUCAGAAAUGGUCCCAACCUAGCAGAAACAUAGAGAAGGGUGAUGUUGUGCUCAUCGUUGAUAACAGCGCCCCGAGAAACUCCUGGCCAAUGGGACUUGUUCAGGAGGUAUUCAUGGACAAACGAGGACACGUACGCAGUGUUAGAGUGAAGACCAAGACUUCAGUUUUGGUCAGGCCUAUUACCAAGCUGUGUCUGCUUCUAGAGCAGGACGUCGAGUAA